AAUUUAUGAAAUAUGAGGUUAACUACAUUAAAUGUCACAAAACAAAAUCUUACAAAGCAGUUAUUACUUCUCAUUAAUACGAUGCAGUUAUUGAUCGAUCCGGCUUUACAUGUCCUUACUUAUUUCAAGCUGUAAUGCAAGCCAGCCGCCAAUGCAAUGCACACAAUGUAGUAUCAGCCUAAAUAUUCCUUACUUGCAUGCAACCUUUUUAAACCUGCCAUAUAAAAUCAAGAAUAUCGUAUAAGCCUAAAAAUCCCUUAGCUGCAUACAACCUUUUUGUUUUAUGUUACCGUUAAAGGACGCGCGCAUUUGGGCGGGCCACCUGAUGCGCCCGCCCAGACGGAGUAGUCGGCGAAAACCACGGCACCGAAUGCACGCCGGCCUAAGCCGCGAACUUUUCCGACGAGAGUUUUUACAGUUGUCCGGAUGAACUCUCUUGUUACUUUUUCAAAAAUCGAAUUGGUUUCGGCCGCAGAUUUAUAACCGGCUUGCUUUUUUUAUUGUGACUUCCAGUGGUACUUAACUGUUUUCUUAUUCAGUCAUACUUAAGUAAACUUUUGUGAAACUUUAGUUGAAAAGUUCUGUGAUAUUAAUUUUCUUUAAUAAUAGUUUUGAUUGGAUGUAGUCAAGGAAUACAAUGGACGAUUCUUCCCUGUGUUCUAAUUAUAAAAAUGAGAAAAUAAGUUUAAAGAUUUCAAAGGACUUAAAUAAUCAUAAUUGGCUAGUUAAUGGAAGCCAGACCCAUCGAUGCAAACAUAAUAAAAGAAAAGGUACAAAGAAGGUGCCAAAAAAGGCGCCAAAGACGAGAGAAUCUUUAAAAGUCCGCCUGCCGAUUCGAAUUUGGGACGCCAUGCAAGAACAGAAUGCACGGUUUAAUACGCCGACAUCCAACAAAACGGUUGCACAUCGGUUCUCUCAAUCACCAGAUCCACCGGCUACAUUCCCCAUGCCUUCGAGUCCCACGAGCUUGAGGAUGAUCCGCCAUCCCGUCCCCACCAGCAAGGGUCGGAUGUCGUUCGCUGAUAAAUUGGAGCAGAUUGUUAAGGUCCCUAAAUUAAUAAUACCACCUAAAACGACAUUUCAAAGGUCGACCGGUAUGCCACUCAUACCUGGAGAUAUACCUCCUACUAAAGCACCCGCAAAUGAUCCGGAAAAAAAUAAAACUGAAGAAUCGAUAAUUGCAAACAUACUCAAAACACCUGCGGAAACGUGCUUAUUAAACAGUACCAGUGAAUCUCCGAUGCCUAUGAAACACAAGUUACCAUUUACAGUAGUCCCACACAGGGGCAGUUACAUUAAAAAAACAACUAACCCGCUAAACAAAGAAAAUACUCGUACACAGGCUGAAAAAGAAACCCAAACCGAAAAAUGUUUUAUUGUAACUGAGGAAGAAAUUCAAAUCCUAGAGAUAGUAAAAAACAGUGGCUUGUCGAGUGAAGAAAUACAAAAUUAUCUUGUCAAUUGCAAGAAGGAGAAAGAAAAGAAAAGCGAUGAAAAGAUUAUAGACAUAGAAGAUGAUUCUGAAGAAGAUGCAAAUGAUUUGUAUGCCAAACUAAUGAAGCACAGUACUAACAACAAGUUUGUGCUUAACAAAAUUGCUAAGAUAUUGCAAAAGAGCAAUAGUUCAAUUAGUACGCCAUUGACGCCUCCUAACGAACCGCCAUCCAAUCCCCUUUCCGCAUCUACCGCCCCCAUCACUGCAAUAGGUACCCCAUCAGAGCACUUCAUGCCGAGCCCCAUAACUGCAGCUGGUGCAGUGGCAGAUACAUUAAAACCCGCAUUUAAUCCGCAAAAUUUAGAGGCUAAUGAUCUACAAAAAGGUUUUGCGGUAUCAGCUAUGUUACUUCAGAUGGGUUUUCGCAUUGUUCGAAUAGAACCGCAGACUCAAGGGACUCAAACAGAAGAAAAUAGAGAAAACAAUAAAAGAAGAAAAAUCCAAUCUAACACAAAUGAGAAUCACACUGUUAAUGAAUUGAUGGGUCAUUAUAAGCAGAACGUCCAACGCCCGCCUGUGGUUCCCAUCUUACCGUCUCAGGAGUUACCUGCGCCGGUGCCCCAAAUGCAGGAUAUGCCAGUAUUCCAGCCACACAAUUCGCCGCACCAGCAGCAACCACAGCAGCAACCUCAGCAGUAUGCUUCCGAGCAUAUCGAGCGGCCGGCGCAGUACUACCCGCACAUGAGCAGUUUCAUAGCACACCAGCGUGGUCAGAAUACUGCGACGAGGAACCCCCAUUUGAGUUCAACAGCAGCACAUAACCCCUUGGAGCACAAUCGAAAUACCAAUACAUUCAGUACAUCACAAACACCAGUCCAAAUGCAAAAUCAAGCCCAGCUGUACCCCAAUAACCAAAGAAGGCAGAGCUUAGUCGGGCAGCCCCACCUCUCGCGAGUGAUGUCCACCCGCGAGGCCAACAUGCAUGGUUCGCAAGUCCAGCAAGCGUGCUGGGGCUACACGCAUUAUUACGAUAGACAGGGCUACCCUCAGAGACACCAGUAGAUUCUUUCCUGAUAAUUUGUGAGUCAGAUCUUGUUAGCGGACAAACCUGUCAAUGUUUGGCGAAAUGGGCCAGGAUGACUACUGUCCGCAGUUGUCAGAAUAACAAUUGUACCUAUAAUUAUAUUACUAUAAGGUAUGAAUGUAUCAUUUUCAAUGUUGUGAAGUAACGUAAUUUAGACUUAAACGGAAAAUUAAAUUUUCUGGCCACAUGUACCUAAAUUAAAAUAUUUGUUAGAAUUAAGUACAGCUAGAAUAUAGCUGAAUUCGGUGAUGUAUCAUUUUCAAUGUUGUGAAGUAAUUCAAUUCAGACUUAGACGGAAAAUAAAAUUUUCUGGUCACAUGUACCUAAAUUAAAAUAUUUGUUAGAAUUAAGUACAGCUACAAUAAAUGUUAUCUUCUUGUAUUUUUUUCUCGUUUACACCUUCUCAUUACAAAAAAGCUUUGAUUAUGUAUGUGUUACCGGCCGAUCGUAAGAUCAGGUCGAUUGUGAAAUUCCUAUGCAUAUCGAGAAACCUGAAAAUUACUAUAGGGUUUGUAUAAUUUUCAAUGUUAUGAAGUAGGUAAUACAAUAUAUGUUGUAAUAUGUGUUAUGUUAUGAGGUAGGUAAGACGGAAAAUUAAAUUUUCUGGUCACAUGUACCUAAAUUAAAAUAUUUGUUAGAAUUAAGUAUAGCUACAAUAAAUGUUUAUUCUCUUGUACUUUUUUUGUUGUCUACGAUGUGGAGUACUUUCCAUCCCCGAUAAAAGAAGCAGAGGUAAACCGUAAACAAGAUGGAAGGACUUAGAGCUAAAAGAUAUGAUUGAGUGCAAAGUAUCGGACAACGACGUCAAGGAUAGGGCGAAGUGGAAGCGAAAGAUAUGAAAAGCUGACCACAUCACCAUGUGGGAUAUAUAGCUUGGAAGAGAGAAAAGUGAGAGGUGGGGUAAAUGAGGCUCUUAAGUUUUCAGCUGCUCGGUCGUAUUUUGAGUGUUUCUCCUGGCUAUGUCUCUGUAUUAUAAAAUAUUACUAUGGAUUUCUUGACUGAGCACUCAUAUCAUAUUAGCUGUGCACCAAUGCUACAGUUGUACAUCUAUACAAAAUAACGGCCAAAAAUAUAUUUACACGCUUCUAAAACACUGACAAUAAGGUCGUGUGAUGAUGUUUGUGAACUCGACUGUACCCUACGCCUGAGCACUCCCUAAAAUGUUUGUUCGUAACUUAUUGGAGAGAGGUGGUAACAGAACGGACGGCUGGGUCCCUAGUUUUAGUACUUUUAGUGCAGGCUUGCAUUGCCCAUCGAGCGUAUAAAGUCCAGCGAAGUUUGGUCUACGAUUAGGUAUUGUUCUUACUGGUGUCGAGUUCAAACUUAUAUUGGUUCACUGGAUAUGAGGUCUGUGUGUGUGUGAACAGACCAGGAUUAUUGAGGGUGCCGCUGCAUCAAUGGGCCGGAUUACAGAGAUGGAAAUGUGGAAACGUAAUGGACGUACCAAACAAGAAGACAGGUAUUUAUUUCAUUUCAUAAAACUAUGUUCCUGUGUGACGCUAGUCGUAGGUAAAUGAAAUUGUAUAUGGAAUAAAUCUAUUCAACACAAA